UAGUGCGGAAGGCUUUGCGGGAAAGCUCCGCGGGUCAAAAACCGCUCUCCCAUCAGGUGACAGGCGGUCGGCUGCCAGAUGCCCGCCGGCCGUCAGUAGGGCAGGGAGGAAGAUGGACGAGGGAGAGGACGCGGCGGCCGCUCUUGCCGCGGAGGAGCCUCCGCCGCCGUCCCAGCUGAGCGGAGACAGCGGCAACGUCUCGCAGAGUCACAGCAGCACCUCCGGCCUCGGCGACGAGGAAGCGGCGGCAGAAGGAGAACUGCUGCCGGCGGCGACGGCCGACUACGCCGCCUACUUGCUGCAGCCGCUGGACGGAGCCUCCUCGGCUGGGCAGAUCAGAACCUUAGACAAGAGUCUGGAAGACUUGCUGACCAGGGUAGAUGAGUUUGUGGGGAUGCUAGAUAUGAUUCGAAGUGACUCCUCUCAAAUAGUAAAUGAAAGUGUGCCACAUAUUCAUGCAAAGGCUAUGGAAAUGAGGCAGCUGUAUAGAAAGAUAGACAAACUGGAGGCCUUCGUAAAAAUGGUUGGAAAUAAUGUGGCUGGAAUGGAGGAACACAUCACAAAGGCAGAAGCGGACCUUGGAACUUUCCCCAGUACUUUCAAAAAACUUUUACAUACAAUCAAUGUGCCAUCCUUUCUUAAUAAACCAUCAUCCUUAAGGCCGAAGCAAAGCCUUUAUGAACCUCCUGACCUCUUCAAGACUGAAGACUACUUUCCCUCCAUGAGUGAAACAUAAUAUGUGAUUUAACAGACAGUAAUGCUCUAAAAAUAGUGUUAUCAGUGGGCAGACCGCAUGGUGGUCUUUUAGGGUGCAUGUCUUUGAAAACUAUGGCCUGCUCACAUUCUGUGUGCCACAGACAUAUUUCGGCUUUGUUUUGUAUAAAAUACAUGGGUUUUCCAUUGUUACCCAAAGUAUAACCUAUAUACUCUUGAUGAGCAAGUUAUAAGCCACUUCUGAGGAAAGACGGAGUUAAGCACAUCUGUACACAGGCCCACCCCAGUAACCUGCUGGGAAAACUAACUCUUGCUUCCCCUGUGUAUGUAAUGCUAGGGCAAGGAAGGAAACACUGAGAUAUUGUUUUCCUUGAAUAACCUACUGCUGCCAAACACCUACCCCUUGUAUCUUUCCAAGGGGGGAAAAGUGGAUCCUUGCAAGGAAGGGAGAGCUCAUCUGUGGCUGUAAGUCGGCGGGCAGACAAGUGUAAGCAACAGGUUUUUAUACCCUGUCCUCCCUCGAAGCCUGAAGGCAGGGGGUUGGAUCAGCCUAUGAACAACAAAUUUUUGAACAAAAUGUAUACUUUUUGUUUAACUUGGGAAUUAGGAGUCUUGAAAUGUACAGAUCCAUCUGCAGUUAGAGAGAAAUAAUUUUACUAGAAAGAACAAAGAUAAGAUCAAAUGCACAUUUUCUAUCUUGUUUUGGAUUUUGCUGCUGCUAUUAUGAAUUCACAUACGACAGGAUUUUUUUAAAAUAAAAUGUUCUGUGGUUAUUUAAGUGCAAUAGGACCAAAACUAUGCAUUAAUGUCCUUAAUGAAUAGGUCUGGAAUCUGUUCAGCAUCUUGAGAAAUACACUGUAUUUGAACAGGGAGGAGUGAAAGUAUCUUUCAAUUGCUGCAAAAGAAAACAGCUAUAUGCACUAACUGCUGUGACAUUUUAGGGGCUACUGGUCUCAGGUCCCCUUUGGUGAAAACUUUUGUAAAAUGACCAAAGCUCUUGUAAUGGAAAAUUUAAUUAAAACUUUACGUA